AGUGUGUAUCCUUCGGUAACUAACACGUGACGUAACAAUGGCAGUGAUCGAAAAGAAACCAAACAGCGCCGCAGAAAGUGAGAUACGAGAAGAAUGGAGUGAGAAGCAGAUGUGUAAAGAAGAAGCGUAACCAUGGCGCUUACUUUCAGAACGCUCUUCCUCAUGCUACUCGCAAUCCUCUCUCUUCUCCUUUUCGAGGACUGGGUGUCAACGCCUUCUUGCAACAACACCGACAACAUCAUCGACAACAACCUUAAAGUCAUGAUGGUCGCUGACCUCCUUCUCUCCGAUUCCGGUUUCGUCAACCGCUUCUUCCGAGACUACUACAUGUCCAAAUUCUUUCGGAAAUCGUUCGAGGUGCUGCGGCCCGAUUUGCUUCUGGUGUUGGGCGACGUUUCGGCGCGAGGCUCGGAGCUAACGAGGAGCAAGUGGGUGUCGGUGCUGCGGAGGUUUUACAGAGUGUUGGGCCCUUUUGUUGGGCUUCCGUUCCACGCUGUUCUCGGCGACAGAGACGUUGGAGAGUGUGGGGCCGUUGAUGUUGAUAGGGUUAGUUGGAUUGCGAGCAAGCUUCCUGGGUUGGAUUCCUCUGGCUGCGCCGCGUUUGAGAUUGGGAACGUGAGUUUUGUCACGCUGAACGCGAUGGCUCUGCUUUGCGGGGGGAGUGGUGGGUUGCGUUUUGAGGUGGAGAAGGUGAUAGAAAGGGAGAGUGUGGAGGUUCACAUGGGAACGGAGAGGGUGGUGAAGAGAGUCAAUGGUUUUGGGGAGUUUGCAGAUGCGGAUGUUUUAUCUGGGUCAGGGCCUGUCGUUUUGCUGCACCUGCCGUUGGAUCAAACGAGGAAUGAACACUUUGGUUCGGUUGGUGAUUUUGAGAAGUAUUGGACUUCUUCCAUGGAGGGGUUAAAUGUGGUGCCAGAAAGCAGGGGUGGCCUGUACAAGUUGCUUCAUACCCUGCCUCCGAAUGCUUCUGAGUACAUUUUACAAGCUUUGAAACCAAGGAUUAUUUUCAGUGCUCACAGGUAUACGUUUUCUGAUCACGUUCAUGGGGACAGAACUCGUGAGAUUAGUGUUCCAGCAAUGUCAUGGAACGCAAGAGAUGACCCUGGAUUUGUAAUUGCCUCUUUCCAAAAGGCAGGAAGAGCAGUGAGCAUAAGCCAUUGUUCUCUUGCUAGGGAAUCUCAAAUUGUUCUAGUCUACAUUUCUGUAAUGUUUUUGUUCUGUUUGAUGUGUUUAAAAGGAUAGCAGGGAAAAUUACCCGAGAAGAAAAA